AUCCAUGCCUUGCUGAAAGCAGAGAAGAUGUUAUGCUGGGGAUAUUGGUCUUUCGGAUUUCCUGGCUCAGAUAGUACUCUACAGGCAGUCAUCCCUGAACCUCGGACCACUGAAUUCAUUCAUGAGAGGAGUGUCAAAGAAGUGGCUUGUGGGAAAAACCACUCUGUGUUCUUGCUGGAAGAUGGGGAAGUGUACACCUGUGGUGUGAACACCAAAGGGCAACUUGGUCACGAGCGAGAAGGCGGCAAGCCAGAACAAAUUGAUGCUCUAGCUGAUCAGCACAUUGUCCAUGUGGCCUGCGGUGAGUCUCAUAAUGUGGCUCUUAGCGACCAAGGCCAGCUUUAUUCCUGGGGCGCAGGAAGUGAUGGUCAGUUGGGCCUUACAACAACGGAAGAUGCUGUAACAAUUCCAAGGCUAAUAAAAAAGCUGAAUCAAGAGAUGAUCCUACAGGUCUCCUGCGGCAACUGGCACUGUCUAGCUCUAGCAGCUGAUGGACAGUUCUUCGCGUGGGGACAGAACAACUAUGGACAGCUUGGGCUGGGUAAAGAAUUCCCUUCGCAGGACACUCCUCAGCGUGUCAGAUCGCUCGAUGGGAUCCCUCUGUCUCAGGUGGCUGCAGGUGGAGCACACAGCUUUGCUUUGUCCCUCUCAGGAGCUGUGUUUGGCUGGGGGAAAAACACCUCCGGACAGCUGGGUUUGAGUGACGAGAAAGAUCGGGAAUCUCCUUGCCAUGUGAAACUUUUAAGGACUCAAAAAGUUGUCUACAUCAGCUGUGGAAAUGAACAUACUGCUGUCUUGACAAAGAGUGGAGGAGUGUUUACCUUUGGUGCAGGGUCAUGUGGGCAACUUGGUCAUGAUUCAUUGAAUGAUGAAGUCAACCCUAGAAGAGUUUUGGAGCUGAUGGGCAGCGAGGUGUCCCAGGUCGCUUGUGGUAGACAGCACACUCUAGCCUUUGUGCCUUCUUCAGGAAUGAUCUAUGCAUUUGGCUGUGGAACUAAAGGCCAGCUGGGAAAUGGACAUGUCUGCAGUCUUAAAUGUCCUUCUCCAGUCAAAGGCCACUGGGCAGCUUAUGAUGAGCAGAUCUCUGGUAGAGCAGAGGCCUGCACGUGUUAUAUUGUUAAACAUAUAUUCUCUGGAGAAGACCAAUCAUUUGUAAUUUGCUCAGAAAAAGAGAAUUCUCUACCAGCUGAUGAUUUCCGGACUGUAAACCAAAGUGACCAUACCUGUUUGAUUAAUGACAACACAAUAGACAUGUGGAGGCAAAAGCUUUGUGAAAGAAAUAACUCUAAUUCAGCGAACGAGGUGGUGCAGGUCUUAUCUUCAGCAGCUUGCUGGAACGGAAGCUUCCUUGAAAAGAAAAUAGAUGAACAUUUUAAAACGAGUCCCAAAAUUCCAGGGAUUGACUUGAAUUGCACCAGAGUGAUGUUUAAUAAGCUAAUGACAUCUCAGCAUUCUACACUGCGUGACCAGAUCUUGAAGAGCUUUGAAAGCUUUUUGAUCCCCCAGCUGCCCAGCUCCCCGCCAGAUGUUGAAGCCAUGAGAAUCUAUCUGAUUCUUCCGGAAUUCCCUCUCUUUCAAGACUCAAAAUAUUAUGUGAACUUAACGCUUCCUUUGGCAACGGCCAUACUGCGUCUGGACAAAAACCCCAGUAAAGUUUUAGAAAACUGGUGGUCUCAGGUAUGUCCAGAGUAUUUCUUGAGGUUAGUGGAUGUCUAUAAAGAUGCCGUGGUUUAUCUCUUGAAUGGAAAAAAAACACUGCAAAUCCCGGUCUUGUAUAGCAGUUACAUCACAGCUGCAUUAAAACUUCUGGAGAAAUUACAUAAAGUAAAUCAGAAAGCUAACCACAUAGAAUAUGACAAAUUUUAUAUCCCAGAGAUUUCUAAUCUGAUAGAUAUUCAAGAAGACUACCUAAUGUGGUUUUUGCAUCAAGCAAAAGUGAAAGCAAGACCAUCUAUCAUGCAGGAUUCUGUGACUCUCUGCUCUUAUCCUUUUAUCUUUGAUGCACAAGCCAAGACAAAGAUGUUGCAGACAGAUGCUAAACUGCAGAUGCAGGUGGCCAUUAGUGGAGCAAAUCUACAGAAUGUCUUUAUGUUUCUCACCCUGGAACCUCUUCUGGCCCGAAGCCCAUUCCUGGUCCUUCACGUUCGCAGGAGCAACUUGGUUGGCGAUGCUUUGAGGGAACUGAGCAUCCAUUCGGAUGUUGACUUGAAAAAGCCUUUGAAGGUGAUCUUUGAUGGUGAGGAAGCUGUGGACGCUGGUGGUGUCACAAAGGAAUUCUUUCUCCUGCUUCUGAAAGAGCUCUUGAAUCCCAUCUACGGAAUGUUCACCUGCUAUUCAGACUCCAAUCUACUCUGGUUCUCAGAUACUUGUUUUGUUGAGCACAACUGGUUUCACCUAAUUGGCAUCGUCUGUGGUCUGGCUAUCUACAACUUCACCGUGGUGGACCUCCACUUUCCACUGGCUUUAUAUAAGAAACUUCUGAAUGCGAAACCCGACCUGGAUGACUUGAAGGAGCUAUCUCCGCUGGAAGGAAGGAGCCUCCAAGAGCUUUUGGAUUAUCCCGGGGAAGAUAUUGAGGAAACAUUCUGCCUCUCCUUCACAAUAUGCAAAGAAAGUUAUGGCGUAGUGGAACAGAAAAAUCUUGUUCCUGAUGGAGACAAAAUACCUGUACAGAAUAAUAAUAGACAGGAAUUUGUGGAUGCCUACGUGAAUUACGUCUUCAAUGUCUCCGUGCAUGAGUGGUACACUGCUUUCUCAAGUGGCUUCUUGAAAGUGUGUGGUGGGAAAGUGUUUGAACUCUUCCAGCCUACUGAGCUGAGGGCUAUGAUCGUGGGAAGUAGCAAAUACAACUGGAAGGAGCUGGAAGAGAGUGCAAGUUACAAGGGAGAUUAUUCAGCUACACACCCUACCGUACAAAUGUUCUGGGAAGCAUUUCACGAAUUCCCUUUAGAAAAGAAGAAGAAAUUUCUUUUGUUCCUGACUGGCAGCGACCGGAUCCCCAUCUACGGCAUGUCCAGUUUGCGCAUGGUCAUUCAGUCCACCUCCAGUGAUGAGCAGUACCUGCCAGUGGCCCACACCUGCUACAACCUCCUUGAUUUGCCCAAGUACAGCAGUAAAGAAACCCUGAGCACACGACUUACUCAAGCCAUCGACCACUAUGAGGGCUUCAGCUUGGCCUGAGCACAAGCCACCCCCAACAGAGACCACUUGAAACGGAAAGAAAAAUCUUGUCUUGUUCUUCCUUUUGUAGGGAAAUGGGGCAAGUUGCUCAGGGAAGCCAAAGGGAAAAGGGGG